UGGUAUUCAAUUAACUUGCUUUUUGUAUUAUACAGCUCAUUUUUGUACGCACGAAGAAAAGCUAAUCAUUGGGUUGGUGUGCACACGUUUCUUUUCCGGUGGGAAACUGGGCAGACAUGUUCCAAGAUUGACGCAGAAAACCCCAAUUAUUUUCGAUUUAUAAGCAUAUAGAAAAAGAUAAUCGCCUAGUAUCGAUCGUUUAAUUACACGUAAGCGCGACGUUAAACCGUCGAUACAUUAGUUGCGCUUCUACAGUCUUAAAAUAACCACGCAAAGCGUGCCAUCAGAGAAGCAUGGGGCUGAUCAAAUGUGUUCUGCUAUUAAGUCCGCAGCAUUGAGUUUUAUUUAAGGUUUUGUGUUUAAUAUUAUUACAUCAAGCAUGAAAUAACCUGUGGAAACUUCGUGUUAUGUCAUGGAUAGGGAAACCUUUAAUAACUGCUGCAGUUUGGUCAAAAUGCCCAGGCAGAUCCAUCAACAGCACUGCUCCUCUCAUUUCAUUCAGUACAUAGAGAGAGAAAUAGCCUACUCCAAAUUCAUCAAAAACUACUUGAUCCCAAACCAACCCUGCAUGUUUUCCAAAAAAUUCACAGAAGACUGGAACUGCAGAAAAAAAUGGGUCACGGCCGAUGGAAAACCUAACUUACAAAGACUUCUGCAAGAAUUUGAUGAGACACCUGUUCCUGUUGCAAACUGCAGUGCAAAAGAAUACAACUCCAACCCAAAGCAGAUCAUGCCUUUUAAGGAGUUUAUCCAGUACUGGAGAGAGUACAUUCAGAAUGGGCAUUCUUCACCAAAAGGAUGCCUUUACUUAAAGGACUGGCAUAUGCAAAGGAACUUUCCUGAACAUAAUUCUUACAAGACGCCAAUUUACUUCUCCUCUGAUUGGCUGAAUGAAUAUUGGGACACAAUUGAAGUGGAUGAUUAUCGGUUUGUCUACAUGGGACCUAAGGGGUCAUGGUACUGUGUCAUUUAUUUAUCAUAUACAGUCGUAAGGGAGGAUACCAUUUCCAUCAAUCAUAACUGGCUGAAUGGCUGUAAUUUGGAUAUCAUGUGGCAGUUUCUGCAAGAAGAACUUUCUUCUGUCCAGAGAGAAAUCGAGGAAUGGCGUGAUACUAUGGAUAGCUGGCAUCAGCAUUGUCAGGUGAUCAUGAAAUCGUGUACAGGAAUCGAUUAUGGGGAGUUUGCCUCUUUCCUUAAGACUAUUGCAAAUAAUCGAAUGUCCUUUUUAAAUUCAUGUCCCAGAAAUGCAGAUAAUUGCCAAGACCACCUUGCCGAAAGUCUGUUUGCUUUAGGCCCUCAGCAUGCAGCCUUUGACCUUCAGAGAGUAUUGCAUAUAUUUGAGAGCAUGCUUGGCAACGAAGACUUUAAGAGACUAGACCCUUCAACUCUGACCUUCAAACCUGAGGAACUUCUUCAGGAGAUCAGAGAGGCUGUUCGAACCAUUGUAUAAAAGUUAUACUGUAUGUGGAAGAUCAGCUAUG